AGAGUGGUACAAUAUUAAUGGUGCAGUCAUUGACUAUUAAUUGCUGCGGUCCUAAACAAUAAAUCUGAAGAUGGCGGCAGUGAACGUGUUUUCGCAGCUGAAAGCCGAGUUUGAAGCGGCGCAAAAAAGUCUCAAGGAUGUGGAUGAAACCAUCAAGAAGCUCACAGGCCGAGAUCCUGAGGAGUUCAGGAACCAAGCUCGCCGUCCGGGAGGGCCUGCGCAAGGAGCUGCUGCCGAGCAAGGUGGACGAGAACGGUUCACGAAAAAGCCAGGUGUUGCGACAGGAGGUCCUCCUGCGAAACGGAGAAAUAUCGGAGGACCACCGCUGCGGACACCAAUCAAAGCUCCAGCAGAGGACAGCGGUGAUGAGGAAGAGCUACCAAGAAAGGGCGGCGUCCAAUCUUCGGUGGUGGCGGCACCCGCCAAGGAGUCCCUGCGGACGCGUCGGGAAGUGAGCGCCCUGCAGAAGGGUGACCGCAAGUGCAUGGAGCGCAACAGGCGCAUGUUUGGCAUGAUGCUGGGCACCCUGCAGAAGUUCCAGAGUGAGGAGACCAAGCGAAAGGACCAGGUUCAGUCCCAGAAACGUGCUGAAAUUGAGCAGAAGCUGGAGGAGGCGGCCGAGCGUGAAAAGGCGGAGCUGCGCAAGGAACGGCAGGACCUCUUCCUGGCACGGCGCCAGAAGCAGCAGGGAUUGCGUCGGCUGGAGCUGAAGCUGGAGGUGGCCCGCCUGCACGAGGAAGCCGAGGCUCGCCAGCGACUGCUGCUCAACUUCAUCCACACGAGGACCAAGCCACACAUCAUGUUCAAACCGGCCAGGCACACGCCGGAAACGCAGAAGCGGCUCAAGGAAUCCCAGAAACGCAUCCUCGCCAUCAUCGAGAGCCGACGUGCGAAGGUCAAGGAAGAGCUGGACGCAAUCGACGAACUCUACCACCGUGAGAAUGCACAUCCAGGCGAAGAAGAAGAAGAAGAAAUCCACCGGGACAAAGAGAACAGGGGGCCUGCCAAGGACAAGUCCGCAGACGAAGAGCAGGUUGCUGCGGAUGGCGAAGGCAGCGUUGGCGACAGUAGCGCGGAACCGGCAGAUGCAGCGGUGGAGGAGCCCGAUCGUGCCGGAGAGAAAUCCGACCCCACAGACGGUGGUGAGGUGACGGAACAGGCGACGGCCAGUAGUGAAGGCGCAGAACCGAUGGACACUACGGAGCCCGAGGAAGCUGCAAAGGAGGAGUCCGCUGGUGACCAGGCUGAAUCAGCAGCGGCCAAAGAAGCUGCUGCUGACCCGGAAUCCGCGGAGGGCACCGAGCCGUCUGAAGACAAGUCGACCGCGAAGGCCGAUGCUGCGGCAGACGCAGCACCGGAGGAGCAGGCCAAAGCGGAAGAGGGUGCACCAAAGGAAGAGACGACGCCGGCAGCCCCCGAACCUCCCAGCAUCAACGUGCUAGGAGACGAGAAGUUUGAACCCAUCUACGACGAAUGAGCUCCGCUGCCUCUUGCGGAGUCUGAUCAACUGUACAGGCAUUGCGUUUGCGCCACUUUGCAGCUGCUAGUGCUCGGGGACCUUUGCUGCGAACUGAGCAGGGACUUGUGGACCGCCCGCCCCCUCCGACCGACCCCUGGAAAAGAAAAGCAGGUUGCACGACCGUGUCUUGCACAAGGCCUGGAGGUCAUAGUGCAUAUUCGGCAGCUGGGAAACAGGAACGCUGUAUCUACGGCACCGCUUAGGCACUUGGCUGUUCAAAAAAUCACACAUACAUAUAUAUAUAUAUAUAUAUACAGAGAGAGAGAGAGAGCUGGUGAGUGUAUUCAUGAACUCUGAACAGUGCGAUCUCUAGCGUAGAUUAUAUGGAAUUAGAAGGCAAAGGUAAGGUAGAUGCGCAACUUGCUUGUGGUGUGCAUUCAUUCUGCUGCUGCGUCAUUCGCACUAUAGAUCGUAAUAGUUAGUCGUUCCAGUUUGCCCAGUUUUUUUUUUUUUACAUUGCGCUGAAGUUCUUGCUUACCUUUAAUUUGUUGCCAUUGCAUUCAUGUUCAGUUCAGAAAGUAAUUUCAGUGUUGAAGUGCUAAAACAAUCUUAAUAGGCUCUGUGCCAUUGCACUUAAAAAAAAAGAGUUUUCACUUUCAUAGCAGCACACGGUUCAUCUGCCCACAGUUUCAUUGUCAUCCUCACAUUACUCAAGUCUUGUCACUUUUACUAGCACAUCACAUCAGGUUGCAAGUUUUACUGUGUAGGGCCAUUGCACUCACAGCGGGUGGCCAAGCUUAAGAGGAGUCAGCCAUUUAGUAACUGUACUUGGUGUAGCAGCAGCACAUUUGGUUCUUUGAGUACACCAUCUACCUCCAGCUGAGAGACUUCACUUAAGAUAAUGGGACACACUUGUCUCGAAUUCUGCGUGUCUCAGCUUUUUUUUUUUUUAUUAUUUUUCUAGUACUUCAUUUGCUUCGAACUGCUUCCAAAUUUUUGUACAGGAGGGUGCAGUACUUGGCAUCACUCAACAUUUCGCUCGUUAAAUCACGUUAAUAUCCCCGUCAUUAUUGGUGGGACUACAAUUUUAAGUUGACUGCCGGAACCACGUUCAAAUGGAUUGCAGCUAGGUAUUGUGCACAUAGAACCCUUUUUCAGCUGGCAAGGUUAAGCAUAUUGAUUCAGUUAGGAAAUGUUUCCAGCCUGCGUUAGCCCGUUGCUCUUUUUAUGUUCGCAGACAGCAUUGCUUUUUUUUUAUGCAGCUGUGUUGACUCGGAAAUUCGCCACAUUUAUUGCAGUAACACUGUUCAGUUUCGGAUGACCUUCUUAAGUGCAGUGUUCAACACAGCAGGAGACACUCUCUCUGCAGUUCAUGUAACCUACGUUUAUUGAAAGGCUGAAGUACAGCAGUCGUGCUUCAACCGACAUUGGCACAGGUUUGUUCUGCAAGGGCUGUUUAUAGGCUUUGAACAUCUUCAACGUUUAUGUGUACAGUCAUAACAAACAGGAAUGCUCAAUGUUGGAGUUGACAUGUAUGCAGCCGUCGGUGCAUUGUCAACCAAGUUGCAGCGCGGAAUUUGUCUCUCAUCGCAGGUUGACUGUAGCCAUUGUGAGAGUAUUUUCAUUGUUCACUUGUGUACAGAACUGGAGCUCUAGGGGAAGACCAGAGACGUCUUUCUCUCUUUGGUCUUCCAUGAGCUAGCGUGCAUAAAUGUUGACAAUAAAGAAAAAAAAGUAUUGUGUA